AUUCAACGCAGAAUGUGGUGUUAUACUAAAGCGACGGAGUCGGCGUUCAUUCACCAACACGAGAGCACAUAUUUAUUUAGCAUUAGCAUGCUACUAUUUUGCGGCUAACUUCGCGAACCUGUUUCCAAAGAACCUGUGUCUGAAAUGGGGGAUGACAGGCCUUUUGUUUGCAAUGUCCCUGGAUGUGGGCAGAGAUUCACCAAUGAAGACCAUCUGUCAGUCCACAAACACAAGCAUGAAAUGACAUUAAUAUUUGGUCCUGCCAGAACAGACUCUGUUAUUAUAGCAGACCAGACCCCAACACCCACACGCUUCUUAAAGAACUGCGAGGAGGUUGGGUUAUUCAAUGAACUGGCCACUUCCUUUGAACAGGAGUUUAACAAAGCACAGGAAGAUGAGCAGAGGCCAAAACAUCCGGCUGCACCUUUACAAACACCAUCUGAAGUAAAAGAUGAGGAUGAUGAGGGUCCUUUAGAAGUAGAUUCUUCCCCUCCUGGAAGUCCAGAUUCUUCUUCGUGUAUGUCAGACGACAGUGGCGAUUCAAGGGUGAGAGGCAAGCAGGAGAUUCCCACCAAGCCCAGCUCUGCUCCGACUCCCACCAUUGUGCGUCCAGGUUCUCUUCCACUUCACUUAAGUAAUGACUCCCUACAUCCAACUCUGCCAUCUCCAACGUCUGUUAUCACUCAAGCUCCGCCCUCCAACAGACAGCUUGGUAGAUCCCCAACAGGUUCUUACCCAUUGGUGAGGCACCUUCCUAAUGGGCAGACCGUCCCCCUACUGCCCAGCCCUGUUCAGAUGACCUCAGUUAUAUCUCUUGCAAGGCCAGUGAACUCAGUGCCUAACAUCCCGGGGAUACCAGGACCCCCAGUUGGUGGAGCAAGCAGUGGUUCAUCCUCUCCCUCUAGUUAUAGCCUGCAUUCUGAGACCAAGAUGCGAUUAAAGGCAGCUCUGACUCAUCAGGGCCCAGGAGCACAAGACGGUGCAGGAUCCAUCCCUGCAGUCCCACAGCGGCAGGAACAGAGCCACCAGCCCACUCAAAACUCUGAUGCACCUUCACCUGCUCAACCACAGGUAUCUCCUGCUCAGCCAACAGGAGGUCGGCGGCGACGAGCUUCAGAGAUGGAUCCUGAUGAGAGGAGGCAACGUUUUCUGGAGCGAAACCGAGCGGCUGCGUCCCGCUGCAGACAGAAACGAAAGCUGUGGGUUAACUCCUUGGAGAAGAAGGCGGAUGAUCUCGCCAGCAUGAAUGUCUCACUAACGGGUGAAGUAAGCCUACUGAGGAAUGAGGUGGCACAGCUCAAGCAGCUCCUUCUGGCUCACAAAGAUUGUCCUGUCACUGUCAUGCAGAAGAAGGCAGCUUUCCUAGCUGCAGGAGGAGAGGAAACCUCCAGAGAGGCUUCGACUGAACCCAUCGGCUCCCCGGCGGCUGUUAUCCAACACGGGCCGUCACCGCCCGCCUCGGCCUCCAGCCCAGGGGCCACCAUCAACGGGCUGAGCGUCCGUGCUGCAGAGGCGGUGGCUAUGUCAGUCUUGGCCGGCAUGGGAUCAGGCCAGCCGGGAGGAGUUGUCAUGGCACCGCAGUCACAGGCAACUUCAAGAUGAUGUGCUGACGCAGGUAGCCAGUAUGAACUCGAGUGGCAUUUGGAGGCCGGACUAGUGCUAAAGUGUUUGAAUAGAGGGAUUCGACCUUCCUUCUCACCCCAGACUAAGAUACUCUCUCCCCACACAGCCAAUGAUAAUCACACAAAGACCUGGCACAGUGCCUCCAUCAGCCCUCCACCACAGCAGGCUCCCUGUUCAGAGAAGCCUCGUCUCUCUAUGUAUGUAAAUAUGAAUAACCUGUCAGAAAGUCACUUUGCAGGGUUUGGGGAGGGUGGG